CAUUUAUUAAAGCAUUUCACCAAAUUUGCUAAAUAUAUUAAAAAUCGCUGAUAUAAUGAAGCUGUUCUACGCUAUCACAAUCAUUCCUUUCGUACUUCUCUCCUUUUCGAGAGAAAAUUCCUGUUACGAAGGAAAAGAAAUAUGCAAAUUGGGACAAGAACUUUGUGGCAGACGAUGCUACGACCCUAAAACCUUCAAAUGUUUUUUUAAUUCUACUAACGGAUUAAAUGUCUUGUGCAGUCCGGGGGAGCUAAUCUGUGGACAAAGAUAUCAAGCUACUUGUUACGACCCCAAGUCCGAAGUCUGUCACACCACCAAAAAGGACAACAACAGCACAAUGACUCCGGAAUGGUCUGCAGUGUGUAGCAAAGGUCAAAAGACGUGCAGCACCUCGUACUCGCUGACUUGUUAUACUCCUGCGGUUCAAGAUUGCUUGGAGGUUGAGACGACGAGCUCAUCAGUUCAAUAUUCAGUAGUUUGCAUGAAAGGACAAAAACUUUGUGACAGAGGUUGCUACUCUCCAGAAUCUCAUCAAUGCUUAACUUAUAAGGAUGAGUAAAAUGACGCGAAUUACUGCAUAAAACUACAGAAGUUAAAAUUGGCAAAAAUUACAAAUUAACUUUGGUGUGCUUGAUAAAAAAAUUCAAAUUGUAUGGAAUAAAAUCAUUGGUAAAAAUCGCA